CCGGAGGAGUUUAACGUUUUACCAGGCGAGCUUGUUUGCUAUCGUUCCAAGACAAUAACACGGCAUCAAUGCAGUGGAAGAGGCCGCCAUGAACAGGGUUAAAGACAAGCUGAAGACAGCCGAACAGAAGCACAAGGUCUUCAAACAGCAACAGGGCAUCUUCAUCACGGCACUUCAGCGGUCGCGUGACCAAGCCCUAGAUAAGACCAAGCCAGUCUGUUCUGUGGCACAGGUCCAGUGGUACAGUGAGGAUCACUGCAACAACCAUACAGACCGCCGUAUUUUAGCAACCUUCCUGGAAAUCAUGGAAGACCUGAUGGAGAUUCUGGAUAUCCUGGAGGCCCUGGGUUUCACAGGCAGUAUGAUGGACAACUGCCGGUUCCUCCUCUGCCCAACUACUGACAUCAGUAAUUUGCGGGCACAAUUCCCAGACGAUGAGGUGACCCAAAAGCUGAGCUGUGUCGAAGCCCGGAGCUACUAUGGGGGCGUGGUGAGCCUCAUCCCCAUGGCGAUAGACCACCUGCGGGAGACGGCCCGCGCCUACAUCGUCGUCCAGAAGGAACCGGAGAAAGCCCAGACCCCGAAACCCCCGCCCACCCCGGAGAGCGUACCCCAGCAAGCUACGGACAUCAACGUGGAGUAUCAGUCGUCCAUACAGAAUGAACAAAGUCAGACAAGGAAGCCAUAUAGAGAGAUGGGUGGAAAGAGAGUCUGGAAGCCCCCUGGCCGGACCCGGGUUUGAGGUGUCCAGCUGAACGUUUUGAGAUUUUAAGAGAUGUAUGUUUGCCAAAAUUUCUCUACAAUAUCGUUUCCUUGGUCUAAUCCCUGACCCAUGUGAUGCGCGUAUUCAAAUUCAAAUUCAAAUCAAAUUCCUCAAUCUUAAGAAACAUAAACAUGUUUCUGCUCUCCACAUAUUUAAUCAUUAUUCUCUGUAUUUUGAGUGCAAGGAACACCUACAACAUGCAUAUGGUCCUCAUAAACCAGAAAGAUCUCGCUUAUGAAAAGUGCGAACGACACCUUUUGUCCAAUAGUCUCCGGCUUACAUGCAGUGUAUUUGUUGAGUACUGCAUUGAAACUUUUGUCUCCAGCAAAUGUAAUUCAUAUAAUAUGCAGGAGAGGGCAGUGUUGUCUGUAGUUCUCUGAUGGUUGGUUUACUCUUACAGUGAGAUGGAGGUUAUUGGGAUGAAACAUAUCCAGGCAAGACUCCGAGGGGUUCAGUACAGUAGGUGGUACCCAGACACGUUCAUUUCCUAGUCAAGCUCCCAAGUACUGAAGCUACUGCAUGAAUAUAUUCUCACCCAAAGUCAGGGAAUUAAACCCCGCAGAACAAGGCGACAAUCACAGUGACCUUAGCCAGGUUUUCAACCUUGGAAUAUAGUUUAUCAGAAUUAUCUGGAGGGAUGGAAUGGCCGUUUUAAAAACAGACAGCACUAGUAAGAUUUUAGGAAUCAACAGUAGGCUUCAGACCCUGCUAAGGUCAUUGAAAUUGGACCACCUCCAUUAAAGCCACUGGGCUGGUAGUGCCUGCAGGGAGAGUUCCUCCACAGGCAUGACCUGCAAUCGGUCAGGUGACACAGAGACACUCGGGACAAAGUGAGAAAGAAUGGAAAAUGCCAAAAAUCUGUAGUGCAAAACAUCAAAGACUAUUUUUAUUCUUUUUUUUUUCUUUUUUUUUUUUGAAUCGUUCACAGUUAAAUACAAGCAACUGCUUUUAAGAACUUUUUUGUCUGCUGUUUCAGAACUUUGUAUUCCCGAUAUGGAGACCACCCCCCUCCCCCUCCCCACCCCUUCAAUCUCCCAACUCUAUUCACUGUCAGAUUGUACCAUACUGUCAUCUCUCGCUUUGUCACAAGCAUUUUUAAUUGGAUUGCUGUACAUGCUUACAGUAGCAAGCCAGACAGGACAGCUGAAAGGUUAAGUGGACA